GCGACGGCAUCUCCGCCCCACUGCGCAGGCGCUGCCGAGGGCGCAGGCGCAGGGCCUGGCGAGGCGGGCUGCAGGCGGGCCCGGACUCACUCUUUCCAGAUCCAGCCGCGACAUGGCCACCGCUCUCCUAAGGAAAGUGGUUUCCGCCGUGGGCCCCCUGCUGCACCUGGGUGGCCUCCCGCUCUCCUCUCUCGCGCCGUGCCACCCGCGCGCCUGCCGUCAGGUCGGUGCGCCCCCCAGCCCGGCGGCCGCGCUCCUCUCCGCGCGCCUGGUACUCGGCCUGCAGCAGCCAGCCCUGGGCUUCAAGACCAAGGGCGUCCUCAAGAAGCGGUGCAAGGGCUGCUACCUGGUCAAGAGGCGCGGGCGUUGGUUCGUCUACUGCAAGACCAACCCGAAGCACAAGCAGAGACAAAUGUAGCCCUCGGGCUGGGAAAUCCCUGCCCGGGAGACGGUGCUGCCUCGUCGAAAGGAAAAUAACAAGUAAACAUUGUGUAGCCUCGGUUCUGCUGACCUUCGGGUGUUGUGGACUCUGCGGCCUGCGUCUCACCUCCUUGUGGCUCGGGAUCCAGCCAAGCCUGAGACCCACCUGGGAACGUGUCCUUCUUAGCUCCUGCGCAACCUGUGUUUGCGCUCGGGCAGAGGACCGAACAUCGGAGGGAGGGAAAGCUGGCUUUAUCCCACGUCAGAAUGCAGGUUCUUUAGAAGACCACCCUGUGCGUCGGCUCUCUCUCGGCCCUGUCUCUGCGUUCAGCCACACUGCUGCUUCCCUGUGGAUUCAGACACGUGUUCUCAACAUUCCCAUCUCCAGGAUAAGCAGGGAAGGCCGGGAUAGCAGUCUUUAAGUCAAGGGAAAUUUAACUUGUUUAUACAUAUAUAAAGGUAUCUUGGGCAUUGAUUAAA